AUGAACCACGGUCCUCAAGAUAUGUAUUAUCCUCCACACAUGUCGGCUGGACAACCUCCGCCACCUCAGACUGCUACAUCAGGUGCAUUGAGUCAAUAUCCUCAACAUCAGCCACCACUGCUUCAGCCUGGUCCUGCACAUUACUCACCGGCGCAACAGGCUCCAUAUGGCCAAUAUUACGGCAAUGGACUUCAAUCUCCACAGUCAGCUCAAAUUCCGGGGUCAAUGGGUGGCCAAGGUAACGUUCUACCACUUCCAGCAAUGACCACUCAACCUGGGAUGCCAAGCCAAGGUUAUGGUGGACCACAACAAUUUGACCAAACGGGCCAAGUUGCUCCACCUGGAAUGAAGCCCAGAGUGACAGCAACUCUUUGGGAAGAUGAAGGCAGUUUGUGUUUCCAAGUAGAGGCAAAAGGCGUUUGUGUUGCUAGACGUGAAGACAACCACAUGAUUAAUGGCACAAAAUUAUUGAACGUUGCGGGUAUGACUCGCGGAAGACGAGACGGCAUUCUGAAAAGCGAGAAAAUGAGACAUGUUGUGAAGAUUGGUCCUAUGCAUCUAAAGGGUGUUUGGAUUCCUUUCGAGCGUGCGUUGGAUUUUGCAAACAAGGAAAAAAUCACGGAAUUAUUGUAUCCAUUAUUUGUUCACAACAUCGGUGCUCUUUUGUACCACCCAACGAAUCAGACGCGAACGAACGCAGUCAUGGCAGCCGCAGAGCGUCGAAAGAAUGAGCAAAACCAAAUGCGGAAUCCUCAAGCACCUGGUUUGCCUUCAUUACACCAACAUCACCAUCACUCAAUGACUAACUCAAUUGGCGCUCCUCUUCCAGGUCCUCAACACUCCCUCGCACCUCAUCCAAAUGUUGGUCGACCUGCUCUCGAAAGAUCACACACGUUCCCUACGCCUCCCACGAGUGCGUCCAGCGUAAUGGGUAGCAUGGAUAAUUCUAAUGGCAACUUCCAAUGGCCUGGGCAAUCUAUGGGCAAUGUGCAAGGUACCAAUCCCCUGUCUAUUGACACAGGAUUAAGUAAUGCUCGCUCAAUGCCAACCACUCCAGCUACUACCCCUCCAGGAACGUCGGUCCAAUCGAUGCAACAGUAUCAACAGACUCAACAACCUUAUGACUCAAGACAGAUGUAUUCUCAAGCACCUCCGCCUCAAAACGCUUACGCACAAGCCCCGCCUCCUCAGCAAAGCAUGCCUCAAUACUCGCAACAGCCAAAUUCAUACAUCAAGAACGAGAUGGGACCACCAUUAGCGAGAGCACCAGAUGCUGAACCUCAACAUCAUGAACCCAAGGACUCGAAUGGAAUGAUUCACCAUCAAGGAAACGGUCAAGUUGAAGAAGAACAUGAUCAAGAUCAUGAUGGUGGUGAAUACACUCAUGAUAGCCAGGGCAAUUACGACUCAAGUCGUCGGCCAUACAAUUAUUCAAAUGGUCCCGCUGUAGGAUCAAUAACAGGUGAACAUACUCAUUUGUCACCCGAGAUGACUGGCUCACCAAAUCAUCCAGCUUCCGGUCGAGCGACUCCUAGAACCGCGUCAGCACCACAGUCAUACUAUGCUCAACAGCAAGGUGGCUACAGUACCCCUCCGCGAAUCCAACCACCUUCGAGUAAUUUGUACAAUGUAGUGAGCCAAGAACGUGGAACAGCUAAUGGAAGUACAGGUGGUGAUGUGUACGCGCCACAAUCAGAUCUCGGAUCUUCAAUGUCUAAUGGUUAUGCUGGCCAGCAAAACAUCAUGAAUGGAGCCCAAACGAAUAACAAACGUGGCAGAGAUGAUGAUGAGGAUGGUCGACCAUCAAGUAGAGGUCCAGGAAUGGCUGAUGCUGAUGGUUUGAAGAGACGGAAAACAAUUCGUGAGGGAUCCGUUUCUGGUCCAUCUUACAACCCAGGGCUAAACCGAGCUCAAUCAACCAUUACACAACGACGCCGGUAA